AUGGCAGACGAGGCGAGCCGGCCCUUGCUUAAUGGCCAGGCCAGAUCCUCCUCUCCCGACCCGGCUGCUCGUCCUGACCAGCCUCGCCGAUCAUUUGAACUGUCAUCGGAGUCGACCCCUCUUUUGCAUCGCCGCGAGGACGACAUUACCACGUAUGGAACAGAACGAAGGUCAUCGCAAUCGUCUACUGCGUCACACUUGGAGGAUGGUUCCCGCAAGAAGCGAAGUCGGGUGCCAUGGCCGACGGUGAUUUCCCUUGGUCUGUUAACUACAGGCAUCCUGGCGAUUCUGGUCUUUGCUUUUGCCGCGCCGGCUGUGGUGAAGGAAUACGCGCAACAAGCUGCCGUGUUCAAACCAACGGCGCUUUCAAUAGAUUCCACGACACGCGAAGGUGUUCGCGCCCGAGUCCAGGGCGAGUUUGUCAUGGACGCAAGUCGUGUAAAGGACAAGUCGAUGCGCGGUUUCGGCCGUUUGGCUACAUGGAUCGCUAGAGAGGUUGAAACUGGCGAGUCGGAUGUGGAUGUAUACCUACCGGAAUACGGAAACGUCCUCGUUGGUAAUGCUUCAUUGCCAUCAAUCAAAGUGAACAUUCGCAAUGGCUACCACAAUGAGGUCGACUUCUUGACCGAUCUCAAGGCCGGCGACAUCAAGGGAAUACAUGCCAUUGCCAUAGACUGGAUGGAAGGAAGGCUGGGCCGCCUUAGUAUAAAGGGAAGGGCAACAUUGCACCUGAAAUCGGGCUUACUAGGCCUGGGAACCCAAAUAAUUACAGAUACCAUUACAUUUGAAGAAAAAGACUUUCCUGCACUACCAAAAAUUGACGUCACUAAGCUGAAUGCCCAUGAUGCCAAGGAUGGAGCCAUUGCAGUCGAUGUUUUAUUGGCUGCCUUGGUCGACUCCCCUGUCGCUUUGACGAUUCCCCCUCUUGGGUUCGAGGUUAUGGUGCCCAAUUGCUCGCCCGGCGAUCCUUACAUCUUGGUCGCCGAUGCGAAAACAUCAGAGAUCCAGGUCCGCCCUGGUGGAGCAACCAGUGUCAACGUCCAAGGGCUCUUGAAACAACUCCCUGAUGAGUUAACUGCUACUUGUCCUGACGAGGAGGGAUCUCCUCUGGACUUCUUGGUUUCGAGUUACAUGCGUGGCGACAAGACGACCGUUUAUGUUCGUGGGGCAGAUGCACCAUCCUCUGAAACACCAGGUUGGAUUGCAGAUUUUCUACGCAGUGUGACUGUUCCUCUGGAAUUCACAGGAGGUGCCUUUGAUGAUCUGAUUAAGAACUUUACCAUGUCCGACACCAAAUUUUCGCUCCCCGAUCCAUUCGCUGAACCGGGGACCCCAGAGGCACAGCUUACCGUGUCUGGACUCGUGAAGGUUCUUAUCAACCUGCCAGAGCAGAUGAACUUCCACGUAGACGUUCCUAAAGUUCGGGCCUUCGCCAAUGUUUUCUACGAGGGCAAACAGCUUGGAUUACUGAACAUGGACAAAUGGCAAGACGCCAACUCUACCCUAGUGGAAGAUCUGGACGGCUCUUCAGCUCUGCUUGUGGAGUCACCCAUCGAGGAUGCCCCACUGGAGGUCACAGACAGCGACUUGUUGGCACAGAUUGCUCAGGAAAUGCUGUUUGGUUCCGGGUCCGUGGUGCUACACGUCGCUGCCAUCGUAGAUACAAAGGUCUCGACUGGCCUUGGGCGCUUCGCCGUGCGUGGCAUUCCCGCCGAUGGGGACGUUCCUGUGAGCACUCCUGGGACCUCGAUUGAUCAUCUCAAUCCCCGAAUCGUAUCGGUGGCACUAAAGAACACCACCGAAUCCUCACUCUUCGUUUCCACUCAAAUGAACUUUACGAACCCAACUGAAUACUCUGCGACGGUUCCAUUCGUGGAUGUCCUCAUGCUGUAUAAUGGUACGGCUCUUGCUCACAUUGUCGCCCGCAAUAUCUUUGUGGUUCCUGGAAACAACACAAAUGUCUCUAUCGAUUUGUUGUGGAGUCCAUUAGACAUUGGUGGCAUCGAAGGGAAAGAAGCCAGCAGAGCCUUGAUAUCCUCCUUUAUGUCAGAUCCAAACACAACAGUCACCAUCCAAACCCACGAAAGAACAAUUCCUGCUCUACCAGAUAUUGGCAAAGGGCUUUCCGCCGUUCCUAUUGACGUCCCUGUGCCCCGACUAUCUACCCCAGGAUCCCCAGACGGCAACGAUGAAGACGACCACCCCCCCGUUUUAUUCAGGACUCAACGCAUAACAAUAACCUCGAUUGACGCAACCGCCUUCUACGAUAAGAAUGAGCCCAUGGGCCGAAUCAACUACAAAUUACCGUUUGAUGUUCCUCCUGGUAUUUCGCACUCGCCACGAUUGCCAGUCGAUCUGGUGCUAGGCGGUGUUGGAUACGAUGCCUUACGCAGGGCGCUUGGACAAUCGUUACUAAUUGACGCUGUGUCUGAAGUCGGGAUUAAAAUCCAGAAUUACGAAGACAUUGUUUUCUACAAUGGGACGGGGAUUGGGGCGAAGGUGAGGAUUUAA